ACGUAAACAAACCGGUUUUCGUUUAACAAACUUUUUUUAUUUUAAAGUGACAUGUUUACGUACGCAAAGUUCAUGUAUUAGUCAUAAUUUUGACAUGAUGCUAGGACUAAAAAGCAGUAAACACGCCGCUGAAAGCACAGUUCGGCUAUUAAAACAGGUGCAUGCAAUUCCUUGGAUGUGCACACCGUUGCGAACUCUAGUGGAUAUCUGGCCACAGCUCACGAAACAUGAGGUGAUGUCAGAGCUGAGUAAGAGCUCAGUGCUGAUGAGGCGGCGUGACAAAGUGGAGGAAACAUUGGAAGCUAUGCGAGAAGCGGGCGCCGCCAGGCUACAUGUUAUUUCUGACUUUGAUAUGACCCUGACUAGAUUCGCUCACAAUGGCAAAAGAGUUCCUACAACUCACAAUAUUCUGGACAGCAGGCUUUUGGUUGAUGAAGAAUGUGGCAAAAAGAUGAGAGCGCUGUUUUAUACUUACUACCCCAUUGAGAUCGACCCCAGCCUGACUGUCCAGCAGAAGCUUCCCUUCAUGGUGGAAUGGUGGACUAAAGUUCACCAUCUCCUGGUGGAGCAGAAGAUCCAAAAGGACCUUCUGGCUCCUGCCGUUAAGGAGUUUACCUCUAUCACCUCCAUGCUCAGGUUCGGCUACAAGGAGUUCUUUUCUCAUCUGGCCCAUCGCAACGUCCCUAUCCUCAUCUUCUCCGGCGGCGUUGGAGACGUGCUGGAGGAAGUGAUCCGACAACACGGCGUCUUCCACCCCAAUGUUCACGUCAUCGCCAACUACAUGGACUUUGACCACGCUGGUGUCCUGAGAGCCUUCAAGGGGGAACUGAUCCACACGUUCAAUAAGCGAGAGAGCGCCCUGGCACAUGUGGCGCGCUUUCCCGAACUUCAGGAGCGACGCAGUCUGCUGCUGCUGGGCGAUAAUCUGGGCGACCUCAACGUGGCGGCCGGCGUGCCCGAGCCUCGCCGUCUCCUCACCGUAGGCUUCCUCAACGACCAGGUGGAGGCCAGGAGGGAGUCGUACGUCGAGGCCUUUGACAUAGUAGUUCUGGCGCAAGAUGACACCAUGGACGUCCCAAACGCUGUCCUUAAAUUUGUGAUGUCAUCGGGAGAUGACAAUAGAAACUGAUGGGAGAUGUAUUUUUAUUUAUUUAUUCCCCUCAAACCAAAAAGUGAUACCAAAUAGACUAUAAUUCACCCGGCGAAUUAUUGUCAAACACCCCUGGUACACUGAGGCUUUUUUCCCCCCACCUCUAAAACACAAACAUGUAUAAUAAGGCUUUUCCCCCCUCAAAAAAUGACCAUGUAUAGUACGGCAUUUUUUAUUCUAAUACACGGCCAUGUAUAAUGAGGCUUUUUUUGCCCUCCAAAAAUAACCACAUAUAGAAAGACCCUCCCCACCCCUCAAAAAUGUAUAGUAUGUACAAACCAUUUUUCCCACUCAAAAACUGCCAUGUAAAGUUUUUUUUCCUCUCAAAAACAACCAUAAUUAAGGCCUUUUUUCCCCUCCUAAACACAUCUAUAAUGAGCCUUUUUCUUUUUUGCUCUCCCAAAACAACCAUGCACAGUAUAUUGGAAGGCCCCCCCCUCACAAAAACACAUGUAUAGUAAGGCGUUUUUUUUUUUUUUUUUUUUUUGCUAAAAACAACCAUGUAUAUAGUAAGGCUUUUUUUCUCCCCAUCAAAAAUGUAUAUGUACAUAUGACUUUAUUCCCCCUCAAAAACGGCCAUGCAUAGUAUUUUAAUAUUUUACUAUAUAAUAUUUAUAUAGUAUUACUUUUCCCCCUUAAAACAACCAUCUAUAGUCAUGUUUUUUUUCCCAACCAAAAACGACAAUGUAUAUAAUAAGGCAUUUUUUUUCCCUCAAAAACUGCAAUGUAAGGCUUUUUUUCUGUGCGUCCGUCUUUCGGGAAAAAGAAACUGCGACGCUGUCAUGAAUCGUCGUAUUUCGAGCAUGUCGUCGGAUGUAGAAACAAAUCGCUAGUCAAAUUUUAUGUCGGAUGUCGAAAUGAUCGUGUGUCGAAGCGAUUGUAUGUGGAGGUACCACUGUAUAAUGUAUUUUUAUGGGAAAAUCCUGCUCGACAUACGACCAUUUCUACUUACAAACCAGGUCCUGGAACGAAUUAACUUCAUAUGUAGAGGUACCAUUGUAUAGUAAGGUGUUCUUUUUCCUCCAAAGCCCGACCAUGUAUAAUUUUUUGCGCUUCAAAAACAACCAUGUAGACUGUAAGGUUUUUUUUUUUCAGCCCUCAAAAACUCGACCAUGUAUAAAUGUAGUAAGCCCCCCCUCCCAGCCAAAUUUCAAAAUUGUCCAUUUGCAUGUGAGAUACAUCAUUGGAAAGCUUAAAAUCUCAAUUUUCUGGGGAAAGAAAAAUUUUGGACAGGAGGGCAUUAUUUUUUUUUUUUUAUUUAUUAAAAAAAAAAAAUUUUUAACAGCAAAACCCUAUCUGGAGGUGAGAGCACGCGAGAGCAGAAUUACAGACGCCAUGACUUUAAGGAGAUAUUUUGCGUACUUAUGUUGUUUCGAUCCAAAAACUCCAUGUCGCAUGUAUCACUGAGUGUGAAGCCACAGCUGUGAAUGGCCACAGCUGGAUUUUGGGGGGAUUUUAUGGGUGAAACAUGGUAAUAUAACAAGGGCGGCGAUGCAGAAAUCGCAGACUUCAAGGAUUGGUUGAGAUUUUCUUUUUCAUAUAUUUACCCUUAUAAACUUUUUUUUCAAUUUUUCUUUGUCUGGAUCAGUUAUUUAUCAUCUAACAUAUCGGAGAAAAUACGACAGUAACAAAAAAAUACAAUUAAGCGAUAGUUAUGAGGUAGAUGUCUGACUUUUUUACAGACGCCAUUUUUUCAUUGUGACAUAAUUUGUUUAAAAGUUUAAAAUAUGUGAGUGAAUCUUUUUUUUUUAAACGAAAUAUGAGACAUCAAUUAAUUAUUCUAAGCUAAAAACGACAGACAUUUUGAAUAAUAUAAUUAAUUACCUUUGUUUUAUGGCUGGGUUGAAACAAAAACGGUUGCGCGACGUCUGUAAACCGGGGUUUCCAGGGGAAAACAGGCAAAUUAAAAAUAGUUCAGGGGCUUAAUGCGCCAUGAAUCUGCUAUGGCAGCAUAUAGACAUAUUGUUCUAUCAAACACAACAGUUGUUUUGGCUUAAAAUACAGCAGUUUCUUUUAAAGAGGAGUGCAAGAGCAGAAACUUUUUCAGUCUUGUCUGUGUUUUCCGCCAUAUACAUAUAAGACCUUUGUUCCCCCUUCAAUAACAACCAUGGGUAGUCAGGAUUUUUCCCCUCUCAAAAACACCACUAUGUAAAAUAAGGCAUUUCCCCCCCUUAAAACAACCAUGUAUAGUAAGGCUUUUCUCUCCAAAAACGACCAUGUAUAAUACGUCUUUCUCUCAAAACCACAACCAUGUAUAAUAAGGCUUGUUUUCCCUCAAAAACUGCCAUAUAUAUAAAAAGGCUUUUUCCCCCUCCCCACUGAAAAACACAACCAUGUAUAGUAAUGCGUUUUUACUCAUAAUACAACCACGUAUAGUAAGGUUUUUCCCCCACUCUUUAAAAACAACCAAUUGCAGUUAUACAUUUUGAUGGGUGGGGAAAAAAGCCUAAGUAUAAUGACCCCCCCCCCCCCCCCCCCAAAAAAAACUGCCAUGUAUAGUAAGGAUUUUUUCCCCACUCUCAAAAACACAGUCAUGUAAAGCCAAUUUUUUCUCAAAAUAACCAUGAAUAGUAACUUUUUCUUUAAAAGACAUACGUAUAUACGUAUAAUGCCGCCCCAAAAAAGCAUGAUUAUGUAUAAGCCCCCCCCAAAAAACUUCCAUGUAUAGUAGUAAGGCUUUUUUUCCUCUGAAAGACACCCCCAUAUAUAGUAAGUUGCUCUUUUCCCUCCAAAACACAACCAUGUAUAAUGAGCCUUUUUUGCACUCCAAAAACAACCUUGUAUAUUUUUUUCCUCUGAAAAACUCAACCAUGUAUAUUAAUAAGGCUUGUUUUCCUUCAAAAACUACCAUUUAUAUUAAGCCCGCCCCUUCAUCAAAAAUGUAUAUGUACAUGACUUUUUCCCCCCUAAAAAUGGCCAUGGGUAGUAAGGAUUUUUUCCCCCAUCGAAAACUCGACCAUGUACAGGGUGGGGCUGAGCAGCUUGCUUAUUUAAAUUUGACGCCCUGAAGUGAUAAUUGCUCUGAGGAUGGUACGAAUGGACUUAUUUGAGAGG